AUGUCUACUGCCACGCCAGCAAAACCCGGAACAGCGUGUCUCGGCUGCCGUCGUCGAAAGCUGAAAUGCACGCGUGAAGAAGGCGGCUGCACCAACUGCAUGAAAAGUCACUUGCCAUGUGUCUAUCCUGUGCCGGAAACUGGUGUGAAGCGGAAACGGGGUCCUUAUAAGAAGGACGGGAAGGCGAGGGAGAGGCAUCUCGAGGAGCUGGUCCGGUAUCUGGGGCCCAAGGACGAUGCUGGGGCGGAUCGAAGUGAGCGUGUGAAUCGUGCUGCUUCAUCAGAGGAGCCAACACCUUCUGGUCGGGAAGUACUCGGGAGCAUUCAGUCGAGACGAGAUGCUGCCGGGCAUGCCAACAAGUCGGAGGAUCUGGUCAAAGACGCUCUGGUGGCGUUGACCGGGUCUCAUGUCUCCAACAACGAGGCAGAGGACAAGGAGGCCUACCCUCUCCAAAGGAACCCACCGUCCGCGGUCCAACCAGGAGGUAUCGCGCAACACCCAACCGCAAGGAGGAUCUUUGUGUACUGGAAUAUUUACGUUACUCGCGUGGAUCCGAUGCUGAAGAUCAUUCAUUGUCCUUCCUUCGGCAAGACCCUGUUCACGGCUACGGAGGACCUUCGGGCUGCGGGCUCUGUGACGGAGUCGUUGCUGUUUGCUAUCUACCACGCAGCUGUGUCGACAUGCACGGCACGGGAGGCUCGUAAGCGGUUCGGCGAGGAGAGGAGCGCUCUGCUCCAGCGGUAUGGACGGGUUGUUGAAUCGACCUUGGCUGAUAACUAUGGUACGCCGGUACUCGAGUCGCUGCAAGCUUUGGUGAUAUACAUAAUAGCAAUGCGGCGCGAUGACAGCUUGACGAAUGUUCGAGCACUCUUCUCAUUGGCAGUUCGCAUGGCUCAGCUCAUCAACCUUCACAAGGACCCAGGCCAGGACUACACGCCUUUCGAGACGGAGAUGCGCCGAAGGCUCUGGUGGCACAUCUGUGGUCUCGAGUCUGGAGGGGCUGAAGAAGGCGGGACGAGGCAGUCUAGUGUCAUGGACGGCCGCAACGUCUCGAUGCCAGCAAAUUUGAACGACAUCGAUCUCGACCCGGAGGCAACGGACCGGCCUCAGCCUCGGACAGGAGUCACAGACAUGACAUGGGCGCUCCUACGAUGGGAGGUCACAGCCGAAUCCAACGGCAACCAAGAAGCGAUCAAGGCGGAGCAGAGGCAGAUCUUGAACACUGCUCGGAAGAAGCUCGAAGAUGACUUCGUCCGCCACCUCCACCCCUCGCGACCCAUGGACUGGCUUUGUAUCGCCUGGGUCGAAGGCAUGCUAACGAAAUGCCGCUCGAUGAUUGACUUUGCCAUUGGGCAAGCGCCUCAAAAGGACCUAUCGCCAGAAGACCGCUAUAAGAUGCUUCAAGCAUCUGUCGACAUCAUCCGACUAACGCAGGCGGUGAUAACCUACAAAGCUGUCGAGAAAUGGUCCUGGUACUUUCGGGGCUGGAUGCAGUGGCAUGCAAUCGGGACGCUGAUUGCCGAGCUGGGGUAUAGCAAGAAUAUGCAGUUUGUGAAUAAUGCUUGGGCGGUGCUGGAUCCUAUCCUGGCCGACUGGGAGAGGGUGUAUGAGGCGAAGAGGGAUGAGCCGGCUUGGGAGCAUGUGAAUACGCUUAUCAGUCGCGCAAGGGAGAAGAGGCAGCAAGUUCCGGUGCAGCAUGAUAACGCACAACAAUCGGCUUCAAUCCUAUCUGCGCCAGGACACACAGCGGUACCGACAGCUGUAUUUUCGACAUUGUGGCAGGACAACUGGGGUCAGCCUGACAAUACUUCAGCUCCGCAGCAGAAGGCUUCUCAUCCUCAUGCGGGUCCUGCCUCCUCCGCACCACAAUCAAUGGGUUGUGCACCGAUCAUGCCGGGGCAAGACUGGGACUUUGGCUACAUGGAUGGCAUGCCUGAGAUAGACUUCUCGGCUUUCGAAGGCGUCUUUGGGGACACAGCGUGGGACUUCUCCAGCCCAUCGACCGAUUUCGGCUUAGGAAGCGCAGGCAUAUAG